AUAGAAUAUGUGACUUGCACACUUAUAUCACACUACCUCCUCCAUACUCCUAAACUCCUUAUGUUUCACCCAAAAAUUUAAAGAGUAAACAAAACCCAAGUUGACAAUUCCAUUACCCACAAAAUCAUGAUUAAGCAAACUCCAAAAUACCCUAAAAUCAUUCAUUUACCCACAUCCCCAAUCUCUCUAAAAACACCCCCAAUUCAUCCAAUUCCCUCUUCUCCCUUUCAUCACUACUCCAUUUUUCACUCAUCUUACCAAUUACCCAACCCAAACAACCCAUCUUUCCACCAUCUUAAGACCAUCCCUUUUUUUUUUUGGUUCAUACCCAACAAAUUUUUCCCUCUUUGUUAAACAAUAGAGAUUAGAGAAUAGAGAAAAAUUGAAAGCCAAGGAAAAGAAAACACGGCAAGGUAAAGCGCAUUAGCGCAGCCGUCGUAGCGUUAUGACGAAGACAGCGUUUCUUCCCGGUUAAAACCCUUUACCAAAAUUAAAAAUCCACAUUUAUUUCUUCUUCGAAACGUUUCGUAUAUCCCGCCAUUGUUAACCUCCUCUAAUUUAUCGAUCCUCUUUCUUCUUUAAUUGAUUUUUCUCUAGGGUUUUACCUUUGUUUUUCAAUGGUGGAAGGUGGAACUGUUGGUGCGACGUCUUCGACGUCAGCGUCGGCGUCGAGAAUGACGUCAUCGUUUAUUAAAGUUGGAGACCGUACUAGGUUUACAGUUGAACUUAGACCUGAUGAAACUACGAUUGUUUCUUGGAAGAAGCUUGUUAAAGACGCUGCUAAAGCUGAAGGUACCGUCGUUGCUUCUUCUUCUGUUGAGCCUGUUGCUGCUUCUGUUGCUCCUCAGCCUCCUCUUAAUUCUGUUCCUGCCACCAUCGAGUCUCGCCUUGCUCCGGGACAGCCUGCUACAAAUGAAUUGAAUGAUGCACCACCACCCAAUCGUUUCAGUGCUGUCAUUGAAAAGAUUGAACGCCUUUAUACUGGUAAAGAUAGUAGUGAUGACGAAGACCUUGAUGACAUUCCAGAUGAUGAUCAAUAUGAUACGGAAGACUCAUUUAUUGAUGAUGCUGAACUGGAUGAAUACUUUGAAGUUGACAAGUCAAAGACUAAGCAUGAUGGUUACUUUGUUAAUAGGGGAAUGUUGGAGAAAGUUGAGCCAUUGGAGUCAGUUAGUCAGCAGCCGAAGAAGAGGAGGAGGAAGGAAGUGGCCAAGGCUUCUGGGGAUAAUCUUGAUGGACAUCCUGCUAAUAAGAUCAUGAAAGCAGGAAAAAAGGUUGCCGGGAAGUCUGCAUUAUCAGCUGACAAAGGUGUUUUGCCUAAAUCUCAAGGCCCUUUGUUGAAAAGCUCUGAAGACUUAAAUUUCCAAAACCACCAGAAGAUCACUACUGAUGCUAAAGCUUCUUUGGAUCCUUCUGUAUCUUUAAGGACAUCACAUGGUGAUACAUCGUCAGCGUUAAUAGAGAACAUCGAUAAGUCAAAGAGCGGGAUAUCUUUGGCAAAAAGUUCCAGUGGCAAGCUGAAAGAAACAAGUGAAAAUGGCAAUAGAAGUGAUUCUCUGCAUAAAAAUCAAUCUGUUAAAGCAUACCAUUUCGAAAUGUCUGAAUCAGGGGCACAACAGAAGGAUAAGAGUGGCAUGCGUGAAAGGAUAGAUCUUAACCUUCCUGACAAUAGACAGACUAUACCGCCUCUGAAAAAUUCCCACCUCCAAAAAAAGGAAGGUUCUAGUGUGAAGCCCAAAGCUAAUCUGUUGGAGAAGUCCAUUAGAGAAUUAGAGAAGAUGGUGGCAGAAUCAAGGCCACCAGCUCUAGAUGCUCAAGAUGCCGAUUCUUCAGGGCAGUCUACCAAGCGAAGAUUGCCUCGAGAAAUCAAGCAGAAGCUUGCUAAAGUUGCUAGAUUAGCGCAUGCAAGCAAUGGUAAGCUGUCGAAAGAACUUCUAAACCGCCUUAUGGGAAUUCUUGGGCAUUUAAUGCAAAUCAGAACACUGAAGAGACACCUGAAAAUAAUGGUAACCUCGGGGUUAUCUGCAAAACAAGAGAAAGAUGACAAAUUUCAACAAACAAAAAAGGAAGUUAUUGAAAUGAUCAAAACGCGUAUGCCUGCCCUAAUGUCUAAGGUAGCUGAGCAACAAAUUGGAAUGUCUAGUGAUAUUCAAGAUGGUGGUAGUUCAGAAAAAUCUUUAAAAGGGCAGAUUUGCAUGGAUACCACACUGGAGGACAAGAUAUGUGAUCUCUAUGAUAUAUUUGUCGAUGGACUUGAUGAUGAUGCUACCCCUCAAGUCAGAAAGUUGUAUGCUGAGCUUGCCGAACUAUGGCCUAAUGGAGUCAUGGACAAUCAUGGGAUUAAACGUGCUAUUUGUCGCGCAAAAGAACGAAAGAGGGCGCAAAAUGAGAAGAAUAAGGAGCACGAGAAAGUGAGGAGGAAGAAGUUGCCUGCUACAAAUCCAGAGGAAACUGUCCGUGUUGAGGCUAGUUCAGCAGUUCAGUCACAGUACGUCGAUAUUAGGUUGGUCUCAGAUCCCAGCAUGGCUGUUUUAACUCAACAAAAUAGAUUCCCAACCAUCACGAAUGCCGCACAGGCAGCUACAGCCGGAAUGAACACAAAUGUGGCCUCUUCAGUUUCAAUACCCUCAACACACAUGCCAAAUGUCGAGCGUUUGAAGCAAGAAAAAGUGAAAGCCACACACAGCAGUUCUUUGAUAGACGGUAAGAUUGUCGAUGUGGGUGUAAAGAAAAAAGUAAAGAAGAAAGCAGAACAUGUAAUGGGAGAGCUACCUUUGCGUCCAGAAAAGUUAUCGUCUCAUCAAGGGGAUGAUAGACAAAAACAGCAAAAGCAUACUGCGGCUGCAGGACAAGUUCAGAAUCCUGCUCAUGCUGCUCACAAGUCAAGUUACAAUGAGUUCCGAUUUGAGCCACUGACGUAAUAACACCGUAACAUGCUGUGUGACAAAGUUGAUUUUUUGUUUUCUUUUUCUCAGAUCAUUUUCCUCAAUCCUCGCCUUCAGAUUUAGUAGUCUUCAUCAGGUGAGUCUAGCCAGUUUUGUAAAAAUUUACCUAACUUUCUGGAAACACAUUUUUAAUAUUGAAUAGAUGUAACGUAGAGCUGCAGCUGGUUAGCUGAGUAUACAUCCCUUUAUAAAAUCCCUAUUUUCUUGCGCGUUGAACGGCAAGUUCAAUCGAGCACCUUGCGAUUGUUUUGAUGAUAGAAGUACCUUGCUACAUAAAGACACCAAAAUUUGAUAUGAAUGUAUAAUAAUUAACCUAGUUACAAAGUAACAUAAAAACGUCUAACGUCUCCUUAUACGCCCCCUCUUCCCUCUAGGUGGAUCAAAUGGCCAUACCCAGCUUGAUCGAUCGAUCAUGUCAUAGCACAAUCCUUACAGGCUAGCAAAGUUUUGUGAGCAUAAUCGAACUCCUACUUCCGAAGGCAACUGAACAGUAAUUUGACACCUCUGUGCUACAUCAACCAUGGCAUGUGCCUGGAUUUUAAACAAUUAGUAUGUGUAAACGAGUUAAAGGACCCUUAAAAUCCGCGUUCUAUUAGUAUUCAAAACCCUUAAUCCUUUUUGAUUGGUAUAAGGUUUAAUUUGGAGGGUGUUACAAAUUGUGUUAAUUAUUUAUCAUUUAAAAAGUAAUUUUUUAUGUUAAAAUUCACACUUUAAAUAUCAAAACACUUGUCUUUUAACACAAAUUUUUUGAAGAAACGGUCCCGUUGAGAGACGCAUCCUUCUGAAUCGGGCUAAUGUUUUAUU